AUGUCUCUCUCUACCCAACGCAACGGACAGACUGGAUUUGUCCAGCUCCUAGAGCAAGUUUACGAGCGAUUUCGUACCACAGAAACUUCAGAACUCCGACCCUCAAUCAUUCAUCUUUUUAUGAUGCUUGAUCGACAAGCUCGUAGCAGAAGCGACCAUCACCAGUAUGGUACUGCGGAGAUUACCUUCAUGAUGAUGGACCACGUAUUCUCCCAGGGUGAUGUCUCCAAUGUCUAUCGAGAUCGGUUGUCCAAGCCGGAAAGCGCAAUCGGAAUUGCCUUGAUGCCACACUGCCCAGUCUCCUUUCUGGCCACCCUUCUUUCGAAUCCCCUGCACGAGGGUUACGAAUUCACAGCUGAGAAUCCAUCUUGGAAGUCUUCAGGUGGUGGAGUUCAUCUUGGGACGUAUUACGCUACAACCGACAUGCGAUGGAUCGUCGAAACCAUCUACGAGGUCUAUUUCGAGCCCUUCUGGGGGUUUGGGGACGAAAGCCGUGCCCACGACUUUGCACGGGAGCUUGAAGCCAAGGUGAACCCCCUGCGCAGCAUCAAGUACACUGACAGCACUGAGCGUAAGGUUCUUGAAAGCCUUGUAGAGACAGUCUUACGCGUCCAGACCGAGGUUGACAAACUUGAACAGGAUGAAGCCUUUCUGGAUAGAGUGCACUGUUGCGAGAAUUCCGACGAGGCCCGCCAAGUGUACUAUGAAUCUACGACCAGCAUCUGGUUCGCACUAUGCUGUGCCAUCGCCCCUCUGGCUGAUAGGGACUACAACACGCAGUGUGAGGAGCGCAGCCAGGAAUUUGGCCCCCGACGACAUCGCUUUGUCGUUGACCCAGCAUGGGAUCCUCGAGCUGAGUGGCUGGAGCGAGAGCUUGAUAAGCACAUCCCUCUCUGCGUGGAGGCGCACAGGACUCUUCCUAAAUACGCCACACCCGUUGCCCGAAUCAUGCGCGAUGACUUGAAGAAGGUCUACAAACAGGUCAUGUUUAAUCGUGCCGGCGGACGGGCUUGGUAUGAGAUCGAGGACCAAAAUGAGUGGUAUGUUACUCCUCAGGAUGUCCGAAACGCUCUUGAGUCUAGAGACAUAGAAGGGGCUUUUGAUGGCCUUGUGGAAUGGAUGGCUAUGGUUGGUAUGUAA